UGACACUCGAUGUACCCGCGGAAAUAAAAGGGACUUCUGCUGAAAGACGUUCGUAACUUGUGCCUGAGUAUACUAAGCAGUGGCUGCGUGAACUUGUGACGAAAUUUUACUGCUCGACAUUUUUCGAACAUGAGGAAGCUGACUUUGAUAUUGCUGAUGAGCUGCAGCGUUGCAGUAAUAAGAGCCGAUUUACGGGAUACCUUCCACUCCAUCUCGAAGCACCCCUUGGGUCAUUAUAUAACAUACGAAGAAGCACUGCAAAAAAAAUUGCUCAAAGGCAGCCCAGAAAUAUGCGUGGGUGACGCGAGCAUGCCAGGUUCAAGUUCCGCCUACGGUUGCUGCAUGGGAACGGAUGCUAACUCUCCGUGCUUCUUCUCCACGCCUGAAAUGUCUACCCUGCUGAAAAAUUUCCUGUCGAGGCCUCUGAUACAACCACUCGAUGACCCUCUCACAUUUUUGUCAAAUGACAUCACCCCGUAUGUUGCGCAGAGAUUCAAACGAGACACGAGCAAUUCUACCUCCGUGAAGACCAAAAGGCACGAUCGUGCCGAAGGGAAUAGGUUUCGGCAAGGUAAACUGGGCGGGUUUGGAUUUCGAGGGAAUGGGGAAGAACAGAGACGCGGACACGAUGAUGACAAAGAAGACAGGGACGAUGGAGAACACAAGGAAGACGGAGAACACAGGAAAGAUGGAGAACGCAAGGGACAUAGAGGACGCCACGAACACGAAGAACACAGGGGAAAUGAAGAAGAGGACGAAGUAGAAGAGGAAGGCGGAGUACAAGAAGAGGAAGGCGGAGGAGACGAAGAGGAAGGCGAAGCAGAAAACGAGGAAGGCGAAGCAGAAGAAGAGGAAGGUGAAGCAGAAGAAGAGGAAGAUGCGGUAGAAGAUUCCGAAGAUGAAGGACAGGAAGACGAGGGAGGCGAAGGAUACGAAGAAUCAGAAGAAAUUGUGGAAGAAUCAGCAGAAAACACAUAUGAUUAUGAAUCAGAGGGAUCCGACAGGGGUGGCUUUGAAGAUGAAUUGAAUCGUCAUGGUCGGAGCUUCAAGAAAAAUUUCCGAAAGUGCCACAGUAAAGUCAAUCACGAAUAUGAACACUGGGCAAAGCAGGCAACAAACGCUUUACAGGAAGCGCCUGAUGGAUAUUCUCCUAGAUUUUUUGAACUCUGCCCUGUCAAAACAUCUGUAGUGUAUCCUAGAGAAGCGCAAUCGUGCGAUGCCUCAGAAGGCACAGACUGGCUUCGAGCCGUUCCUGUGCUGCAAUGUCCUGGAGCUUACAUGCCAAUAGAGAUUGUGGAGUGCGACUGGAGCUUGGUCGAAGUAAUUUCUCAGUUCAUAUGUGGGAUUCGCUGCGUACAGCAAUACUCAUUGGUUCAAGUGAUGUCUCAAGAUCCGGAGAGUUUAACUAUGCGAUGGCCUUUUGUCCAACGGGCUUCGGGGUGUGCUGCAUUCAUUGAUUAUGACGGUGUGAUUACGGAAUCAGAAGGAGAGAAUGAUGACAACAGCAAUGCCGAUGAAAAUGAAAACAAGGAAUUACCAGAGGAAAAUGAAUCGGAAGUGGAAUCUGCACAGGGAGAGGGAGCAUCAGAAGAUCGGGAACCUGCGAGUGGCGAAGGCGAUACGGCCGAGGUUAGCAAUGUUAAAGUGAAUAUUUCCAUGGAAUCUCCUGCCAGUUUUCCGGGAGAACUCCCGGAGGCAGAUGAUUCAACUCACAUCGUUCUUCCCAUUGAUUAUUCAUCAGUGAAUCGCAGGAAGGAAGCUAAAUUCUUCAAUGACGAUCAAAGGCAACGGGGAAAAUAUAACUAUGACAAGGAUUUUAUUGCUGAUCGAGGAAACCCGAAGAUAAUUGGGAUAGCCAAAACUUCGAUUCACAAAAUGCAAGUGAAUGCCGUCAAUUAG